UACGCUGCCGCUUCCUGUCUUUUGUGACAAGGGAGUAUACAUUUUGUAAUUGGGUAGGGUUAUCUCAUUGUCGGUGAUUUUAUGCAAACUUAUCAGAUUUCUCCAGAUGUGAUCGAGUAAAUUUCCAAGUUCUAUGUUUAGUCCUCGUCUUCAAUAGAUUGAUUGAACCAACAGUAGCAAAGGAAUGUCCAAUCGUGUCACUUGGUUUGAUUGACAGCUCUUGUUGGUAUACUUUCGGCUUAAAAAGUCGUCAUCGGCAAACAGUAAUCUAAUAAAACUGCUAUUGUUGAAUAGGACAUUGCUAGUAUAGCACUUAACAAUAAACUACUUUUUCAAUACAAACACGCUACCAAGUGCAUUGACGAAUGUCUGGUAGUUAAACUCGCUAAGUUUUGGGAGGGCAAGACAAACUCAAAAUCCGAACUCGGAUCCAACUGUGUGGUUUUUAUGGCGUAUACUAAAUGAAUUGGGAGGCAUUGAACGGCAUUGCACGAGUAAACUGCAUGACACUGUGACCAAGAUGUAUGUAUCGUGAGUAAUUUGCAUAAGGAACUUCGCUUCCGCUUUAUUUCUCUAUUAAUUUGUACACAUUUAUGCAUGUUUAUGCAUUCAAUAUGCCAUAAGGUUUCUUCUUUGGGUUUAAGGACAUAAAUAAUACAUUAAUCGUAUAAUUUCAUAUCUCUCCUUUCAUGUUGAGCCACAAGGUUUCAUUCGAUGUUUUGGUUGCGAGAGAUCGACUCGCUACUUCAGUUUCUUCCCAUUUUCGACUUAAUCAUUUCGACGAAGUUUGUUUUCGGAUUUGCCCUGUGGACCAAAUUGUAUGUAGGCAAUCGACAAUGGGUUCUACCUUGAUCACCGUAAUCAAUUAUGCUGCUGGUGUUAUUGCAGUCCUGGCUGUGUUGGAGAAUCUGCUGGUGAUGGUGGUGUUAGCCAAAACCAGCCAUCUCCGCAUCAAGUACUUCGCCUUCGUCUUUAGUAUCGCCCUGGCCGACCUGGUGUUUUCUGUGAUGGCAAUUGCCUUUUCAAUAAACAGGGCACGAUUAUUUUCUGCCCUUCUCCAGUCGAGUUUCUUCGUUUCCGUACUGACGAUUUUAGCAGUGGCUGUGAACCGCUACCUGGCACUGACGAUCUCGCCGCCCUCUCGCUAUGACGCGUUGGUGACGCGAUGCCGCCUGGUAGUGGUUUGCCUUCUACUUUGGUGUUUCUCCCUUGCACUUCACUUGUUGGUUAUCUUUGUGGCAUCUAACGAGGUUCGCUUGAUUCUAUCAGCGUGGUUUAGAUCUCCGUUAAUACUCGCUGUGUGGAUCGUGACCGCUGUGCUGUACCGCUUCGUCUUCAGAAAGAUCAAGAGCUACGUUCCCCCGCUUGCAUCAAGCCCAGGUCUCUCCAUCCCUGAUGAUUCAGAACAGGCCGCUACUCGUGUUCGUCAGACCCGUCGCCUGUUGGUCACUUUCUCCAUCAUUCUUGUGACAUCAUUCAUUUGUUGGAUCCCUUACAACAUCGGCCAGAUAAUUAAGUAUUUCAUCGAAACUGGUCAGAGCACAAUCUCCGACGAUAUCUACAAUAGCUACAACACGAUUGCCGCUUGUGUUUAUUGUCUGUCUCCAGCUAUCAACCCGCUAAUCUACUGGUGGCGUUUGGAUGGUUUCAGGCAGGGCUUCAAAGAACUGUCCUGUUGCUGUCUGCUUCAGAAACCAGAACAACUUGUGGAAACGGUUGAUGGUAACGAAGACCGGCAAAAUACCGAAUCCACGCAUUGGAUAAAAAAUGACAACAAAUAGUUUGUUGAGUGUCGCCUGACUUGCCUCAUAAUUUGGUUAUUUUUCUUCAUAUAAUGUUUCAAUUCUAUCACCAUUUGAUUUCCGCCGGUAUCUUGCUGGAGUUCGUAGUCGUGUAUAUAUACAUGUUUUAUGUUUGCGCACAUAAUUUCUAUCAACAUCUACAAAGAAACAUCAGUGACAAUCAUUUUGCCCGCACGAGGAAUCGAUUUUUGUUCCCUCAAAUAUGCUCCUCUUUUUUGAACGAAGCUCGUGCAAAUUCCUGUUUAAGCACAAAGUCCUCUAUCGCAAAAAAAAGUCAAAGCUGUGGAGGUAAAUCAAAAAUAAGUUUUAAUUCGUCUAACAUUACACGCAGUACUUUAGUUUUGGGAGUGGUGUUCUCGGAUGUAGUCUCGGUGUUCCAUAGGACGCCCGCCGACUUUCAUAAGUCACACGCCAACGCUCAAAAGGUAGCAAGAGCUGACUUGCAAAACGUCACCCACUUUGCAAAUGUCAUCGCUUUGCAGUAUGCGGAUUGUGUAUAGUAUGGUGUACUAUUGACGACACACUGCGACGGCACGAUGGCUCCGUUGCGUCGUGCCGUCGUCCGUCGCAUCGUCCUUCCCAUCUUGUUGUGUGUAAACGUCGCUCCUUCCGUCGCCCGUCACGUCGCACCGUCGUAUGUCGCGUCGGUUCAGUGCGUGACAUCGCGUUGCUGAAUGAGAACCUGUUCCGGACGCUGAUUUAGGGCGCAAUUCAAAUAUGACUCAGCAACUUUUGAAUUGAAAUCGAGAUCCUAGAAUUGAUUUCUCGGAAUACACAGAGCUAAAGCUCCACCAAUUUAGCAGCGGCGUAGCCAGGGUUCUUAUCCUACCCCCCCCCCCCCCCCCCCGUAGCUACGCCGCUGCAAGUUGUUAAGCGCCCGUCUUUAGAUUUGAGGACUUUUGUUGCUUCAAACGAAACAAAUCCACAAAUGACAAAUGAUCUAUACUCUACCUUAAACGUGGGCGUUUCAUAAUGGCAACAUGCAUGGUGCAAUGUUGUGUCUAUAACCUUCUUGUAACAUGGAACAGUCGUUUAUUACAAUAGACAUCCACAAUGCGGCUUUGUCCUCGCUCGUCUGAUCUGCGAAAGGAGCGAAGCGAGAAGACAUUUUCUAAUUUGCGGACGGAUGACAUCAGUCCUGUAUUCGAUAAUCAAGCGAAAUAACCGACAGGGCAGCAAACCGGCCACUGAAAAAUUCGGACAAGGGGGAGUAUGGCACGCCAAAGCUGCCUUCAAUAGUUCAUAUCACUCCACUGUCAGACUCAUUCCAUUCGGCAAACUCAUUUCAUUCGGUAAACUCAUCAGUCCAUUCGGCAAACUCAUCAUUCCAUUCGGCAAACUCAUCAUCCAUUCGGCAAACUAAUAAUUCCAUUCGGCAAACUAAUAAUUCCAUUCGGCAAAAUCAUCAUUCAAUUCGGCAAACUCAUCAUUCCAUUCGGCAAACUCAUCAUCCAUUCGGCAAACUAAUAAUUCCAUUCGGCAAACUCAUCAGUCCAUUAGGCAAACUAAUAAUUCCAUUCGGCAAAAUCAUCAUUCAAAUCGGCAAACUCCCAUCAUUCCAUUCGGCAAACUCAUAAUUCCAUUCGGCAAAAUCAUCAUUCAAUUCGGCAAACUCAUCAUCCAUUCGGCAAACUAAUAAUUCCAUUCGGCAAACUCAUCAGUCCGUUAGGCAAACUAAUAAUUCCAUUCGGCAAAAUCAUCAUUCAAUUCGUCAAACUCAUCAUUCCAUUCGGCAAAUACAUUCGGUCAACUCAUCACUCCUUUCGGCGAAUUUAUAACUCCUUUUGGCGAAAUAAUGAUUUCAUUUGGCAAUUUUAUCAAUCCGUUCUGCAAAUUCGCUAUUUCCUGGAGGUAAUCAUCAUUUCAUUCCGCAAAAUCCUCAUGUUUAUUCGGCGAGUACAUCAUUUCAUUCAGCGAAUUCCAUAUUAAAUUCGGCAAAUCCCACUUUUUAUUCGGCGAAUUCAUCAGGAUGAAUAAAUCCGGCGGGAAAAAAAUGAUGAAAUCUGAAUUUUUAAUGAAAUAAUGAAUUCACAGAAUAAGGCGAUCAAAUUGAUGAAUGGAAUGAUAAAAUUGCCGAAUAAAGUGGUGAACUAGAAAAAGGAAUUCGCAGGAAAGAACGAGGAAUUCAAAGCAAAAAUAUGAUGAGUUUGCCGAAUGGAAUGGUGAGUCUGACGAAUUGAGUGAAAUCAUUCCAUCGUUUUAGACGUUUCCUUUUCUCUGCUUUUCUGAUAGGCCUGAAAGUCAGGAGGUACACAGAAAUUUCCAAGUGCAAAGUAUGAUAAACAAUUAUUAUAAUAUUAUCCAACCACAUAAUCCUAACCACUAUUAUAUAUAUUCUGUGACGCAACCGAGUUUCACUGCGCUUUUCAACUUUAAUUCGUUAUAAAUUUGGAAGUACGUGAGUUGGUCUUGCAAGCUUUGAUUUUUGUGGUAUUGAUUGUAAAUGUGGAUCUAACAUGAAUUGAACAACACUUUUGGGUAAAUUACCAGAGUUUAUUUCUGUCUGUACAGCUGACGACGUCAUCGAGAAAUGCCAUUUAUGUUGUAUUAACUCAUCAGUCAUUAAAAUUUAUUAAGUCGAGGUUGCGUUACCAUAAUUAAGGGGAGUCUUUAAUGUGCAAGUUUUCGUAGUUUUUAGCUUUUUAUUGAGCUUAAAAGGCGUUUAUUAUAUUGUGAAUUUUUUAUCUCUUUGAAGAAUUGUAAGUGAAUUUUGGCAUUAACUAGGAUUGGGCUUUUUACUAAAUCAAUAAGCCUCUGUACUGAUGACGUCACAUUUUGUUUACACGUGCACUUUCCUUUGGAGCCGGGGGGGGGG